AUGGCUAGGCUCUCUUGGCUUCCCUUCGCCUUCUUUCUCAUCUUGGCAUUGAGUUUUGCUAUUCAAACUGCAAAUGCUGGCAAGGAAGGAUCACUUCGCCUUCAAGACUGUCCGAAGGCCUGCGAUUUUCGGUGUUCAAAAACUCAUCAUAGGAAGCCAUGUUUGUUCUUCUGCAACUAUUGCUGCCAGAGGUGUUUGUGCGUUCCUUCUGGUACAUAUGGCAAUAGGGAGGAAUGUCCAUGCUACAACAACAUCAAAACUAAGGAAGGCGCUAACAAGUGUCCAUGA